AUAUUCUAACCUCUAAUGAAUAAAUUUCACACCUCAAUUCUUUAACCUCAAACCUAAAUCAAUUUAAUAUAUAAAUAUAUAAAUUAAUCAAUGAUUUUGAUUUUGAUUCAUCGAAUUACAGCGAAGUACAUCCAACCACCGGAUUACAUCAAGUAUGGUAUUAUUCCAAACGUACAACGAUCCUUACCACGCCACCACUUAGAUAACGACCUUGUUUUCUGUUGUUCGACUGUAAAAUGCAAAUAGGGGUGGCUAUACGGUCCGGUCCGGUUAAAUUGGACCAAAUUGAUCCGGUCCCAGUCCGGUUUUUUCGAGAAUAUAAGGACCAAAGAUUGGAUUGGAUACAGUCCGGUCUUGAUCCGGUCUGGUCCCAAUUUUAUCUUGAUUUUAGGUGUUGGAGGUCUCUUAUCCGGUUUUUUAUCUCAAAUCUAAGCCCGAAUAUGAGAUUGCAUUGUUUGCUAUCCGGACCCAGUCCGGUCCCGGUUAUACGGUCCGGUUUCAGGUAAACCCAAACAGUCCGAGACCAAAUAGCCAACCCUAAAUGCAAAUUGAAUCUUUAACUCCACUAACAUUUUGGUCACUAUAUAGUUUGGUUUUAGCGACUCAAACGUAUAUAUUAUAGGAAGCAAAUUAGUUCUACUUAAUUAUACAUUACCUAUCCAACUUUUUUUUAGAAUCAACCUGUCAUUGGUGGUUUCGCUUGGUUUGGCUUAUUGUUCUGACGAGAUCUUAGCCGACUUAAGAAUAUACAACUUAAUGGGUCGUUUGGGUGUUGGAAUAUGCCAUAGCUAGCAAGCUUCCAUGAAAUGUGGAGUUGUACGAUCAGAUAUCAUACUCAAGAAUGAGUAUAUUACCUUCCCUACGAGUUUAAUUUCGUAUUAUAUGGUAUAUGAUUUAUAAUUGAAUUUCUAUCAACAAUUUAAAUUAUUUGGACUAAUUGAUUUUUUUAUAAUUGUAAUUAACUAAUUAUGCAAGGAAGAAGAAGAAUCCGCCGUCUUCCAAUUAAAUCUCCUUCAACGAGACUUGGUCACCAAAACUACUCUUUCUAUUCAAUGAUCCUCUUCACCAUCACAUCUCUAUGAUUGCUCUCUUACGAUUUGAUUAUAUAUAGAGCCCUUCCUCCAGAAUGAGAUUUCACCAGCGAAACAGAGCUCAAUCAUACAAUUAACCACCCCUCUUCCCCGUCGCUAAAGCACAACAAAGUCGACGAGAUGACACAAAAACCUUCCGCGACGACAGGCCGGCCACACGUAAUCGUAAUGCCGUGGCCAGCGCAGGGCCACAUCAACCCGGCACUCCAGUUCUCGAAAAAACUCGUCGCUAAAGGUCUCGCCGUCACCCUCGUCACCUUUACCGACAAGAAGCUGAUCCUGCAAGGCUCGGCGGUGGGGUCCGUCGCCGUGGAGCUCAUCUCGGACGGCGGGCUCCCCCUGGACGAGCACUUCCUGGAGAAGUUCCGCAGCCUCGUGGAGCAGGGACUGCGGGACUUCGUGGCCAGGCUGCGCGGACCUGCCGGCACUGCUGCUGCAGGUCCGUGCUGCUUGGUGUACGACUCGAUCAUGUCGUGGGCCCUCCACGUGGCGAAGGAGCUGGGCAUGGUCGGGGCGGCGUUUUUCACGCAGCCCAUGGCGGUUAAUGCCGUGUACUUGAACGUCGUGGAAGGGAGGCUGGAGGUUCCGCCGGCGGUGGACGAGAAUGGGUUGGUUGCGGUGGAGGGACUUUCGGAGACGGUAUUAUUAGCGACGGAUGAUCUCCCGUCGUUUGUUGCUGAUCCGGGGAGUUAUGCGGUGGCAAUUGACAUGCUGGGGGGACAGUUCUCCACCGUUAGGGAAGCCGAUUGGGCUUUUUGCAACACUUUCUAUAGCUUGGAAGAUAAGCUACUUGACUGGAUGAUGAAUCAAUUGAUCCCGAUAAAGUCGAUUGGUCCGACGAUUCCAUCGGCUUAUCUAAGCAACAAAGAAUCAUUGGACCUCCCAAAGACAGGGUCGGAAUAUGGGCUCAACCUCUUCAACCCGGAUGGUUCGCAAACAUCCAUCACUCAGUGGCUCGACUCGAAGUCACCCGGUUCGGUCAUCUAUGCAUCUAUGGGGAGCAUAUCCGACAUUUCCAAAACCCAAACCACCGAACUCGCCCUAGCCCUGCAGCUCAGCUCUCGCCCUUUCAUAUGGGUGGUUCGUGAAUCCGAACAAGAUAAACUCCCGCCUGACUUCCUCUCUGCAAUGGAUUCAUCAGACCAGCUUGUUGUGAGUUGGUGCCGCCAGGUGGAGAUCCUGGCCCACCGCUCCAUCGGCUGCUUCUUGACCCACUGCGGGUGGAACUCGACGAUUGAAGCGCUCUGCCUUGGGGUGUCGAUGGUGGCGUUGCCAGUAUGGGGGGAUCAACAGACAAACGCCAAGUUCGUGGUAGAUGUCUGGCGCGUGGGGGCACGUGCAAGGGCUGACGUGGAGAGUGGGGUGGUGACGAAGGAGGAGAUUGGGCGACGGAUCAAGGAAGUGAUGGAAGGGGAGAGUGGCGAGGAGAUGAGGAGGAAUUCAGAGAAGUGGAGGAAAUUGGCAAGAGAAGCUGUUGCCGAUGGUGGGAGUUCGGAGAGGAAUGUUGAUGAGUUUGUGGCAUCACUGGUUAAAUGAAAAGGUCAAAUAAACAAUGGUCGCCUGAUCAUUUGUCAUGCAAUUUGAAAUAUAUAGUCAGAGUGGUA